CAAGGAAAUAGUCAAGCUGAGUUUUAUAUGAUAAUCGCAUGUUUCAUCGCGAAAGUAUACAUCAGCAGAUCUAACUGUUGGGUGACAAGGUUGUCAAAGUAAACAAAUAUUUAAGCAUACUAAAAAACUCUAAAACAAAUAGAGAAACGAUGCAGUAUUGAUAAAUUAUGUUACUGCUUGUAAAUUUAGAAGUAUUUCUGGUGGACCACGUUUAAAGGUAGGAAUUUUUUUAUCAUGUAAAAGCUGGAAAUACAAAUUUUACGAUCGCACACCAGCGGUGUGCGUCUUAACGAGCAGCGCAGUAUGACUUUAUCAGUGUAUUUUGUGGGAUGCGAGUUUGUUAUUUCGGCCUUUUCUCGUAAUGCCUAGCGCGAAGGUAAAAGAAAAAGCGAGUUUCUGAAGAAUACUAGCCUGCUAAUAAAUAGAUGCCACGGUGCCCGCCUAUUUACAUUUUCCAUGUUCCUGUUUUCGUUGCGAAAAUUUUCUUUGCAAUUAUGACAAAUCAAUGAAUAACGAAAUCACCGCAAGGUUACAAGAAAUCACCGCAAGGACACGGAAGUAAACAGAACGGAUGCUAAAUCAUUCGUCCUGUUUACAACUUUGUUCUAGUCUUGUUUUGCGCUACCGUACUGAUAAUGGCGUAUUCCUUGUGCGGUUUUCUCGGAACAAGGACUGAUGUAAACAAGCCCUGGCAAGUCAUUGUCUCUGCAACCUUCUUUAGAAAUAGGCAUGAUGCUAUAUGUACCCUUGAGGUGCAGGUUAUCACGUACCUUUCAUAAGCUGUUCUCAAAACGUUCUUCGCAAAAUACAUGCCUUGAUUGACAUCCCAAGGAUUGUAAAACCAAAGAAUCUGUCAUACAAUUCAUCGCACCCGUUAACACGGCAAUACAAAUGUAUUCUUUUCAAGCGGCAUUGACCUGACAAUGGAUUUAAAAUGUUCGUCUUAGGUUUCGAACAGAGAAUCGACUCCAGAAACGUAGAAAAUCCUAGAAGGUCAUCAUUAAAAAAAUGAACUAUAGCGGAAGCAGUUCAACAUAUCUGCUAGGAAAUAUAUUGUUUUUUUUUCUGGAUGACAUAUUCAGUCUUUCAAACGGUCGGAAGCAGUCGCCUAGCAAUGAGGCUCCUAAGCAGCUUCCUUCUUCUUUUCGUCUGCGUUACGACUGUACGUGCCUGGGGCAUUAAAGCUUCGAAGCCUAAACCAACAGCGCCAGAAUUCUGUGCAAAACCACCAUUUUCGGGUAGCUGCCAACCAAUAACGAAACCUUGGCACUAUGACGCUGCAUCAAAGCAUUGUCAGCAGAUUAGUUCCGGCUUGUGCAGCGCAGGCAGCAACCGCUUUCUCUCGGAAGAAAAGUGCAAGACAGUUUGUGAACCACUGACUAAGAACAUCCCAGGAAUGUGCCUGAAACCACCUCUCAUGGUCGCCUGUGGACAGGUGCGCCACGCUUGGUACUUUGACCGUAAUAGCAAUAGCUGCAAAAUGCUCAGCUACACUGAUCCCGCUUGCGAUAGCGCUGGGAAUCGCUUUCUGACAGAACUGAAGUGCCAGGGGGUUUGCCUGCCAAACGCAACGCCAAAACCAAUCUGCAGUCGAGAUCCCGAACCAGACACGUGUUUAUUAAGCAGAAAGAAAUGGUUCUUUAAUUUUAGCAACAAUACGUGCAUGAUAUUCAAGAAUGGUUGCGGAAAAGGUCCCAACAGCUUCGCCUCGUACGGGAAGUGCAUGUCGAAAUGCAGCUAUAACCAAGUCACGGCGGCCUCCCCAACUGGAAAACAAGAACUCCAAAAUGAGCACCCACCCCUAGGUAAACCCGGUGUGCCGAACCAGGUUGGCACACUCAGCCCAACAACCCCGCCCGUUCAGCCUAGCAUACCUGUACAACCUGGCCAACCAAGUAAACCCGGUUUAGCCUUGCCCAACCAGCCCGGUCAUUCCGGCCUGCCUCUGCAAAGCGUCGGAUCAGGUCAGCCUGGUCAACCUAGCUUAACAUGGCGUCCCGGUCAAGCCAGUUCUACCUUGCCACCCAGUAUACCAGCGCAAUCUGGUCAAUCUAGCAGCAGACCCGGCACCGGCUUACCCGGUCAACAAGGCAUAUCCACCCAAAGUAGGGGACCAGGUCAGCCUAAUCAAAUUGGCUUGAUGGGAAAGCCCGGUCAAGUAAACCACAUCUUCCCACCCAGCACCUCCGCCCAAUCCGCUCAUUCUAGUGGAGCGGGCGUGGGCCUGCCCAGCCAUCUUGGUCAACAAGGCCGGCCAAGUACGCGUACACCUUCCCUCUCCGGGCAACCAAGUGGUCACGGAUUCAGAUUACCAGGUCCCGCUGGCCCGCCCCUAUUGCCUGGUCCCACCGGCAAAGCCGGUGUAUCCAUUGGGCCCGGCUCACGGGUACAGCCAGGUUUUGGCGGCAGUACCAUUGCACCCAGUACACCCGCCGUAUCUGGACCAUCGAUUACGCACGGUGUAGGAAAGACUGGCCUGCCCGGUGUUUCCGGUACAAUCACACAAGCCUCGCCAAACACCCUUCCCAGUUCUCCCAUCGCACCAAACCAGUCAGUCAGUACCGGAGUGUCCCUGUCACCCGGAGUGGCUUUCCAGAACAACCAGUCAUCGUUGUCUAGCACUGCUAGACAACCUCGGGUAGAGAAGCAAUUUCGCCCUUACAGAUCCACGAACCGUUAGCGGACUGAAAAA